CCGUGAUAUAUAACCAGCGGACGUUCAAGAGUCGUGAAGAAAACUGUCUGUGAAGAAUACAUCAACGUUACCGCUGAAUGAAUAUUGAAACAAAAACUAAAUAAAACUCCAAUGGCAUCCUCACGUUUUACUAAAGAAAUGGGCGACUCAGAUCUUUUCCUAGGAACCCACGAGGUACAAGAAUGUAUUGAAGGCCAAACUGAGGCAGAUCUACACACACACGUGGCAAACUGUAAGAAAAAUCCUGGCCAUACAGGGUUUAUUCCUGUAAAAAAGUUUAGAAAAGAACAUCUUCCUCCCGGUUACCAGGACAGUGACAUCUAUGACGUCAUCAAUGCCUUUCGAUGCCUGACUGUACAGAUAUCCGUUAAGUUUACAAGUCUAAACAGACCAGAAUUUGAGUUCGAUACUGAAAAACCAUAUCCUUGCUACAAAUAUAGAGGCAAAAAGGAAUUAAGAAAUGGAACUGGGAAAAUAUGGCGUGUGUACCCAAAUCUGAAAGAAUUUUGUGGAGACGGAGUUUGUCCAUGUCCUGAAUGUAAAAAAUUGGCUGCACCACACAAAAAUUGUCAUCAGGUGUGGGUGGUGACAGCCAGACACGUGAUCUUUGACUCAACUGAGGCGAGACAGUCCAGCUGUAGGUUGUGGUUUGAUGAUGAUCAAAGUCCAGUGGUUAAGAUUUAUGGGUUAGAGGCGUGUGGGAUAUCGUACAGUAACCAAGACUUUAGUAAUUUUGUUUGUGUAACCCAUGACUUAGAUAUUGUGGAAAAACUGUUAAACUGUAUUAGAAGGUAUAAGGAAUUGUGGGGUAAAGUACAGAAGAAAUACGCGAGUAAAAAUGAGGUGGACAAGGUGGCCAUUGUAGUGUCACAUCCUCAUGGUUGUGCUAAGCAGGUCUCUGUAGGUCACUGGGUACACAGGAAGCCAGUAGGAGCGUACACGAGGUACACGUACACAACCUGUACGUGCCCAGGUAGCAGCGGGGCUCCAGUAUACAGACUGGGGUGGACUGACCAUCCCCACACUGGGGUCAACUCUAAAAACAUCAACUACAGCGCUUCGCAAAUGGACUACGAUUUUAGUUUUACAGGAGAAGAUCUGGACCAACUCAGAUUGAAUGAGUGUGACCCCACGGCCACGUUAGCUUUCUCCAACGAUACAAUACAAUCGAUUAUGAACUAAUAGCUGACAAUAAUAACAUGACUUUACUGCGGUUGUGUUUUGUAUUUGUCCAUCUGUAAUAGAAGGCAGGGCAAAAGUAAAAAAUAUUGCAUACAUAUCUAUUUAGAUUGUAGCAGUUUUGGAAAUGAAGAUCGGUGUAAAUAUAAUUUCAUCGUCAUUUUUUUUUGUCGGUGCCCCAGACACAUGGCGCAGUUGUAGAAAGCUCUUUCCGCUUUUGCCGGUUUCUGGCAAUUUUUUUCCAGCCCCCAAGAUAGUCCUGUAUAUGUCCGUUGUUUUCUGCUCUGUGUCUCCACGCUCGAUUGACACUACCUGUUUUCUAUGUUUUUUUCUUUGAGGCGUCUGAUUAAGCGCCAUUGUUGUACUUUCAUCUGGUUUUAUCCUUAAUACAUCGCCAAUCAUUUUUCGAUUACAUCUUAUUGGCUUAAAUAUCUGUUUUUAGUAGCCCACCUUUGGAGAAAGUGUUGGCCAACGAAUAACUUAUCUUUCGGAGACUCUUAGUUUGGAAGAAAUCCAGAAUUCAAUGCCAUACUGAAGAACGCUAAUGACAUUACUUUUGAAAAGUCUGAAUUUGGCCUUGAAUGUGAAUUUAUCAUUUUCCAUCUUUUUAGUUUGCCUGCAACAGUUUUUUUUUGGUUUAUUAAUUUUGGUUCCGUCAAUAUUUAAUUUGAGACUUCAUCCUUUUAGCAAAAGAAUUAAUUCUGUGAGUUUUUCGUGUAUGUCUUUAUGGUUACAAGAUAGGUGUGUUAAAUCAUGUGGCUAGUGGUUUGUCUCUAUCUGAUGCCUCGCUUUGUCCGUAGUUUGUGUCAUCAUCCAAUCAAUUACUAGGUUAAAAGCAGUAGGGGCAGAACAGUCUUGUUUGACACCUGUAGGAACUAUAAAUGGGCCAGUACUAUGGCAACCACAUAGAACUAUGCAUUGGAGCCCUUCAAAUAUGAUUUUGAUGGCAUGUAUGAUUUUUCUCUGAAAUACCUUGUAAGAUUUUCUUGAGGCUAUUUCUGCCUGAGCUAUCAAAAACGUUCACAUAAUCUAUGAAUAGUACAUAGAGGGACCAUUCCAUUCAGAUUUUUUCACUAGUAUUCGUCUCAAAGUAACUACCGGUCAUUGCAUGAUUAGCCUUUCAUAAAUCCAGCUUGUUAAUUCCUCAUUUUGUCUUCUGCAACUCUGCCUAGAAUGUUUAUCUAGAAUGUAUUACUGAUUAGUGGUAGUAGUUUGGUGCCUCACCAGUUUUCAAAUGUUCAUGUCUUUGUUGUUAGCAGUUUUUCUUUCUUUGGAGCCAUUUUUACUGUUAAAGACUUUUUUUGCAAAAAUUACAAAUGGUGUGUAUUCCUGCAUAUAUACUGAUUGUGCUUUUCUUGAUUUGAGUUUCAGUAUAGCUGCUUGCACAUCCAAUACUUGUAUGUGUCUAGUGUGUGUGUGGCCUAGUUAUAUGUGACUUGCUGGUGUGUCAAUAUGUUAAGAUGGUGGCGGUCUGUUAAUUCGCUUAGAAUUAGAAAUAUAGUAAACAUUUUAUCAACUGUUUGAUAAAAUGUCAUUGUUUUAUUGAAUUACCAGUCGUAAUUGAUGUAUCAAAGAAGUAAAAAAUCCAAACAUAUAUUUAUAACAGAAAGGCAGACCCCAAAUAUUAUAUUAUUCUUUUUUACAUCUUUGAUCUUACAUAAUGCAAAUAUUUGAAGAUCGUAUGUUGCUCCUAGAUAAACUGUAAUUAACCCUUCUAAAAUGCUAUUGUAAUAACUUGCACUUCUCGAGAGGCAUAUUUUGAUUCUAUAAUGAUUUUAUGAACAGAAGUUCAGUUCCAUUUCUAAAAUAAUUAAUAAUUUAUUAGUA